CUUCCUCACACUUUGCUGAGAACGGCUGGAGGCGCGUCCAAGCAUGACUUAGUGACGAAGCUUUGUAUCGACUUUCACUUCCUCCACUUUCGGCCUCUUGGGCGUUGGCUCCCGAGGUUGAUCUUCGAGAUCUUCUCGUCCGACCGGUGUUGGGAGACGAUCUUCCAUUUUCCGGUGGUCUUCGGCAUGGUUUCUCGGGCUGAUUCUCUCCUGGUUAGAUUUAGGCUGCUGCUCAUUGUUCUUGCCAGUGUCUCCUCCCUUGCAGCUCGCGUUCAAGUCGAGAUCACACUGACCCGCGCAGGGGCCGUGGAGCUUCGAUCGCCAUCCUCGAGAGUAGAGUCUCUUGUACAGCUAGCGCGCGAGCAGAAGCUCGAAAUCAAAAGGCCGGGGAGAACUAUUAACCUGAGCGGCCGGAAUCCCGUGUACAAGCUGCUCCAUCUCCUGCUGGAGCUUGAGAACUUCCGAUCUCAUGCUCCUUACCUGAUAGAAAAACAAGCUCUCAAGUCAAGCUGA